AUGACGCCAGGUGUAUCGGCCUUGUUCCAGCAUGAUAACCAGACCACGAUUUCAAAGGAAAUUUGUUACCGCGGAUUGACACGCGAGGCAGCAUGUGCAUGCGCAGAAGUUGCAACUGCGACAGCCAGCACAUGCGUUGUUGUCUACUGCGGUUCUGUUAGUAAGAAAGAAACAGCAUUUGAAAGAAGAGAGUUCAUCAAAGAAAUAGAAAUGGGCCGAAAGAAAAAGAAGGCGAUGAAGCCAUGGUGCUGGUAUUGUAAUAGGGAUUUUGAUGAAGAAAAAGUUCUUAUUUACCACCAAAAAGCAAAGCAUUUCAAGUGUCAUGUUUGUCAUAAGAAAUUAUACACUGGGCCAGGCCUGGCAAUUCACUGUUUGCAAGUGCACAAAGAGCCUAUUUCCUCCAUCCCAAAUGCACUUCCAGAAAGAGGUGAUCCAGAGAUUGAAAUUUAUGGAAUGGAAGGAAUCCCUGAAAAAGAUCUGAAGGAGAAAGAACAAAUGCUGAAGAGAAAGAAAGAUGCUGGUGAAGAUGAUGACGAUGAUGAUGAAGAGGAUGCCAAAAAGAAGAAAACAGAAACUACCCCUGUCAUGCCAAUGGCAAUACCAGGAAUGCCAAUGAUACCUGGCAUGAUGCCGCCAUUUCCUGGUAUGCCUGGACUACCAGGGAUGCCUCCAGUACAUGUUCCUGGCAUGCCUGUAUUUCCAGGUAUGCCUCCAAUGAUGCCACCAGGAUCAAUAGCCUCACCAAUGAUGCCAGGAGCAGUACUAGCUGCAGGAAUUCCAGUAUCCAGUUCUGUUGUUUCAACUGGCCAGUCAGUUUUUUCAGGUGUCCCUGCAACAUCAGUUACAUCAAAACCUCUGUUUCCUGCUGCAGCAGCUCAGGCAAGUGCAAACGCUGUGAGUUCAGCAGGACCAGUUGGUGCAGAUUUCAAGCCACUUAAUACUUCAAGUAGCACAGAUUCUUUACAGUCAUUAUCAGGUGCUAAAUCAAGUUCAUCAGCUGCUAACACACAGACAACUAGUUCAAAACCAGGUACAGUACCUUUAGUGUCUGCUACCAGCCGAAUUAUUCAUCCAGAGGAGGACACAUCGCUGGAGGAAAUAAGAGCGCGGAAUCCAAAGUAUAACUUCAAGGCGAUGAGCACAAAAGCGGAAGCAACCGCGUCUGACUCGGUUUCUGAUUCUAAGAAUGUACCGACUUCUGUCCUCAGUGCGAUGCCACCCCAACCCAUGAUUGGGGCUCCCGGAAUGAUGCCCCCAGGGAUGCCAAUACCUGGAAUGCCAAUGCCCGGAAUGCCACUACCAGGAGCACAAUUUCAGCCCCCUACCUCAGGACAUUUUCAACAGCCAUCUCCUGGUCCCUACCAACCUCCAACUUCGGCAGCAGGAUUUGCACCGCCACAUAUUUCAAGACCCCCGUCUGGACCUUCUGGCCCUCUACCUCCCGGAUCAGGGCCAAAUAAUUUCUCGCAAAGGAUGACGUCGGGUGGACCACCACCGAGACCAGGAUUUGGCAUGCCACCCAAUGGACCAAAUAUGCCCCCAGGUGGCCAUGUAAUGCAUGGUAUGGGCCCUGGGGGGCCAAGUGGACCUCCUAUGCAUGGUUUUGGCGGCCUGGGGCCUAGGAACCAUGGAGGCCCUCCACGAUUCUAGUCUAGUUUAGCCUGCAUUUUGUCGCUACAAUCAAGUAAACGAUAAGGCGUCUUGUGACAUUUUUCGUCUGCCUUGAUUUUUCAUUGAUAUUGUACGUAAAUGAGAAACAAACGUUCUCGUAGACACUGCCAAAAGAACGUAUUCACCGUUGAUCAGAACCAAGAAAUGCUUUGAAAAAAAUAAUCCAUAUGUAGCUCUGAUUUGACUGAGUUCUCCCUGUGUUUCGGUCGGCUCUUUAGAGGAUUUGUUUGCAGUAAACCACCUGCAUAGAUAUUUAAUCUGUUGCUUUCAAAUUCUAUAGUUGAUCAUCUAUAGUGUUUUGUAAGGCAGCACGAAUUGAAUCAUUUAGUUUUCAUCUCGCUAACUAUUGCAACAGACUGCUGUCCCAUCUUUAUCUGUAAGUUUGAACUGAAUCUUAUGGCGUUUUGUUAUACACGAGCAGAAAAAGACUUUGCUCAUAAAGGACUGAUUCAGUUGUUUUUGAACAUGUUUCGAUUAACCGGAAAAACCGAUUAUCCGGCACCACUUCUGUAUUGAAUAAAUCAGUCCUUGCUUUUAAUAGAAAAUCUACAAGGAGACUUACCUUCUUGAACUUUGCACAUGGCUAAGAUCGUUAUCCACUCUUUAAAUAUUAUUAAUUAACUAUCCUCGGCUUGCGUGUUUUCCAGCAAUUUUGCUGCUUGAUUUUUUAGCCUAAACGAAAAGCAUGUUCUACUUUUGCCUAUAUUAUUACCUGUAUUGGACACUAUAUUCCGACUGAGAACAGAUGCUUUAUUUUAAUGACUAGUUUUUCGUAUCUUUUAUGUUCGUAACUUUUUCAUCUGAUUUUAUGAUACGAGUUAACUGUUAUCGUUCUAAAGCUUGUUAUUGACACAAAGUUUAAUUUCAUUGCUCCAAUAUUGGUAA